GAGCACGGUGUGUGUAAACAGUGUGUGUGAGUGUGUGUGUGUGCGGAUGGUUCCGCAGUGACUCUCCAGCUGCUGAGCGGAGUGGAGCGCACAGCACAGCAGACACACCGAACUCAUUCCUCCACUGGACUCUCGUUUACUUGACCUUUAAUCUGAAUGAGAAUCGUCAUAUGAAGGAGGCAGAAACAUGGAGGGACAGCGCUGUGUUUUAUCUUUCCGGGGAGCUUUAUCUUUAUUUGUCCUUUCUGUGCUGCUGGAACCCGGGACUGCUGGUAUGCCCAAUUUUUACCCUAUGAAUCAGCUUUGUAAGUUCUGUGAUCUGGAGCUUUCCUCCUGUAGUGGUACAGGGACCUGCAUGUCCAACUGCUCCAUCACAUCCAUCUGUAUAGACACCACCGAGGUCUGUGUCGCUAUCUGGAGGAAGAAUGAGACAGGCGGCUCCAUCGAAACUCUCUGUCACGACCCGUCCAAGCCACUCUAUGGCGUUAUGCUGGAUGACUACAAUAGCUCCACCUGUGUGAUGAAGGAGAAGAACACAACGAGCGGGAUGGCUCACUUCUGCUCUUGUACUGACGAGGAAGAGUGUAACGACAAACUGUUAUUCUCACCCACUGCUCUGAUUGUAUUUGAUGUGACUGCCUGCACAGGAAGAAAACAGACAAAUCAUGUUGUGGAUCCAACUCCAGCCGAUCCGUUGGUGUCGGUGAUUUUGGUGAGCCUGCUGCCCCUGCUGGUGAUGGGGAUCGUGGUUGUGGGAAUGUUCUACUGGUACCGAGCCUAUCGGCAACGCAUGCACAACCAAGAAUGGGAGAGCAGCAAGAAGCGCAAGCCAAAGGCGGGUGGGCUGGACUGCAGCGACGCCUGCGCCAUCAUGAUGGAUGACGAUAGGUCAGACAGCAGCUCGACGCAUGCCAACAACCUGAACCACAACACUGAGCCGCUGCCUAUAGAGCUGGAUCUGCUGGUGGGAAAGGGUCGCUUCGCCCAGGUAUACAAGGCUAAGCUGAAGCAGACCACCUCAGAUCAGUUUGAAACAGUGGCUGUGAAGAUCUUCCCCUAUGAGGAGUAUGCUUCCUGGAAGAACGAGAAGGACAUCUUCUCCAAUACAGACCUCCGACAUGAGAAUGUGCUUCACUUCCUAACAGCUGAGGAGAGGAAGGUGGAGAAACAGUACUGGCUCAUCACUGCCUUUCACCCCAGAGGAAACCUACAGGACUACCUGACGCGUCAUGUGAUCAGCUGGGAGGAGCUGCAGGUGUUGGGCAGCUCUCUGGCCCGGGGUGUCGCCCACCUCCACAGUGACCGCCUCCCCUGUGGACGCCCUAAGGUGCCGAUAGUCCACCGAGACCUGAAGAGCUCCAACAUCCUGGUGAAGAACGACCUGACGUGCUGCCUGUGUGACUUUGGGCUGGGACUCAGCCUGGACAGCAGCCUGUCUGUGGAUGACCUUGCCAACAGUGGACAGGUGGGUACGGCGCGUUACAUGGCUCCAGAGGUGCUGGAGGCCCGAUUGGAUCUGGAGAACACAGAGUCCUUCAAACAGACCGACAUUUACUCCAUGGCCCUUGUGCUUUGGGAGAUGACGUCAAGGUGUGAAGCUGUUGGAGAGGUGAAGGACUACGAGCCUGCGUACGGCUCUAAAGUGCGAGAGCACCCCUGUGUGGAGAGCAUGAAGGACAACGUGCUGAGAGACAGAGGAAGACCUGAGAUCCCCGACACCUGGCUCAGGCAUCAGGGUGUGGCGGUGAUCUGUGCCACCAUCAUGGAAUGCUGGGACCACGACCCAGAGGCCCGACUCACCGCCCACUGCGUUGCCGAACGCAUCUCUGAGAUGGAGGACGAGAUGGACAAACUGUCCAGCCGGAGCUCCUCAGCAGAGAAGAUCCCUGAGGAGCUGAAGAUCCCUAUACAGGUGGAGAUCCCGGAGGAGGUGGUGAAAAUCACAGAAAUCCAGGACAUCAUAUCUGUGGACUGCUCCGUGAGCGACGAGAAGUGAGAGGAAGCGCUACAUCUUCAUGAACUCUGAGGGAGAUUUUUCAACACGGGCACUUACUCUAAUUUGAUGGGAUUACGUAAAGAGAGAAAUCUCAGCAGUGAUGUUCAGGAGUUGAGCUCCUGCGUCCCAGGACUUUGAGUUGAGUCACAGUGUCAUGUCUUAUUCUAGCCCAUAAAAGAUGGACUCUGGGUGAUGCUUUUGGACUUCACCACUUCUAAAAUGUAACAACUUGCCUUAAUCAGCUAAAAAGCUAAAGAGCCAAAAGGCCAAAGUUAACUGGAAGCUUCUAAAGAUGUGCUGAGCAUGGAGAGUCAGACAGGCUUUUUUCUGGUCACUGUCUUUAAACAGGGCAAUAACUAUUAAACCAAAGACAUUUGAUGUGCACUUUACCAUGUGAUGCUUAUGCUUUACAGAUGUUUGUCAUUUUCAUAUGUUCAUGUAUUCUAACAUGUUAAAGUUAAGGGGAGUUUUUGCCCUACUAGUGCCUUUGUGUGUCUGACCUUGAGCCAGCAGAGAUGUCUCCUUAACACUAAUGAUGCUGUGGACGCCAUCCUCACCAGCAGGAAUCCAAAGGAAUGUGUGUGUGUGUGCGUGUGCGUGUGUGUGUGUAACCUUUUGUUUUUACCCAGCUAUACGUAAACCUUGUUUGCCAGAUAAACAAGCACAAUGUACAUAGAGACAAUAACUGUACAUAUGAGAUAAAUCAGCCAAAAAGGGAAAGUAAUCCUACUACUUAUCUUUGAAUGCAGAGAUGAAAAGACUUCACAGAGAUGUAUUUUUUAAAACAUUUUUUAUGUUUUCUGUCUAUAUCAACAGGAAAUUAAGGAGUGUGCCAAAUAUAUUUACACUAUACAGUAUGUGUCAUAUGUAAAAUAUUGUAAAUCUUUUAUGAAUUAAAGAUAUUUCUGUAUACUGAGA